AUGAACGCCCGUCUACCACACUCUCUCGCCUGCGUCCGCGCUGCCCUCGCCGCUCCCCGACCGCCGACCUCUCUCCUCCUCCGCCUUCCUCCAUCGCACAGCUACGCGACCGCCGCCACAGCCGCCGCCGCCACCCGCACCGCCGAGCAGCGCCGCUCGCCCCGGUCCUUCGCCCGGCCACCCACACCGGCCCCGACAAGCACUGCCGACGAGCAGCAGCGCGCGCGCGGGUACCUGGUGCCACGCACGGCGUCGGCGCAGCUGCCCGUGUACCGCGCCAUCAAGUCGGGCGGCACACGCGAGAUUAUCCUGAUCAAAAAGGUGCAGGGCGACCGCAAAAAACUUGUCCAGGACAUGCAGGCCACGCUGGCCGUCACAGCGGACAGGAUUCGCAUCAACCCGACUACGCUCCAUAUUGAGAUCCAGGGCAACUACCUGAGCCAAGCCCAGAAAUGGCUGCUCGACAAUGGUUUCUAA